AUGAUGGCGUUCCGGCUCGCUGGGGUUUUUCUGAUCCUUGCCCUCGGCUUAGGACAUUACUUCUCUAACGACCAGGAGUCCCGAUGCCGGUGUGGUCCGAAUGAUGAUUGCUGGCCCUCGCCGGCGGCGUGGAGUGACUUCAAUGAUACCAUCGAUGGCUAUCUGGUGCAAUUACGCCCAGUUGGAGCUGUGUGCCACGAAAAGGAUUAUUCCAAAAGCUCCUGUGAUGAGCUCGUUCAACACUAUCGCAACACCACAUGGCGCGUUAACAAUCCCGCCGCGCUGCAGGUAGACACCUGGGAACAAUCACGACCACAGAAGCAGAGUUGCCACGCCCAAGACCUACCGGAACGCGGUCAAUGCCACCAGGGUCGCGUGGCACACUACUCGGCCCAUGUCCGGUCCGUGUCGGCGGUGCAGCAGGUGAUCCAAUUUGCCGCCUCCCAUCGCCUGCGACUGGCCAUUCGCAACACCGGUCACGAUCUGGCAGGACGUUCAUCAGCCCCCAACUCACUGCAGCUUCAUACCGCUGGUCUUAAGGGUAUUGAUCAUGUGGAAUCGUUCACUCCUCAGGCUCCAGUCGGUCAAUCAGUGCCUUCAGACGGCCCCGCAGUGACAGUAGGGGCGGGGGUGCUCACAGGGGAGCUCUACUCGGCGGCCGCCGACGCGGGAUAUACCGUGGUAGGAGGAAGCUGCAGUACGGUUGGAAUUGCGGGUGGUUGGAUGCAAGGUGGUGGCUAUGGAAUUCUGACCCCGUCGCGAGGCCUGGGGGUCGACAAUGUGUUGGAAAUUGGGGUUGUAACGGCGCAGGGUGUCUAUGUCACUGCGAACCAGUACCAGAAUCAGGAUCUCUUUUGGGCCGUUCGUGGAGGCGGCGGCGGCACGUUUGGGGUCAUCGUCCACGUCACAUUCCGCACCUACCCCGAUGUUCCCGCCACCGUAUCGAAAUUGAAUGUGAUCAGUCCCCAUGGGCAGAACCCUGCCUUCUGGGACGCUGUCACCGAUUUACUCCACACAAUCCCUGUCCUGGUGGAUCGCGGCGACGCUGUCCAAGCCUUUGCGAUCCCGGUUAUGCAUGGCAACGCGGCAUUUCUCACCAUUGAGUCCUAUCUCAUCAACAAAACCCACGUGGACGGCCAAGAUGUUCUCCAUGAACUACGAAAAGGCAUCGAAGCGCGCGGGUUAUCAGUGGAGUCGUCCGAGGAGUCCUUUGAUCGAUUGUCCGCGUAUCUUGCGAUUCCCAAAGGUUUGGACCAGGCCGGCAUGGGGAUGAUGACCGCGUCACGACUAGUUUCACGAGAUCUAAUGACGUCGGCCCAGGGACCUUCGCGGAUUAGCCAAACGCUCGCCCAGCUCAGUUACAAGCCUGGAAAUGUGGUAAGUCUGGAAGGAAUGGUCGGUGGGCCCGCCGUGCGACGCAAGGACACAGCGGAUCGCGCUAUCCAUCCAUCCUGGCGAUAUGCUGUAAUGUCCCUAACUCUGGGCCACAGCCUGCCCUCAGCUCCUGAUUGGAUCGGAUACGACCAUGUCCAGCGCGAACUGGCUAUGGUGCAGCUGCCGGCGCUUCAGGCCCUUGAACAGGGGACGAUGGGAGGAUACCUGGGCAUACCGUUCCCGUACGAAAGCCACCCUUCCCAGGUGUUCUGGGGAUCCCAUUACCAUCGCCUUGUGGCUCUCAAAGGGCGUUGGGACCCUGAUGAUUUAUUCCUAACUCGAGUUGGGGUGGGUUCGGAGCGGUGGGAUGAGGAUGGCAUGUGUCGAGUUGAUCGG